CAGCUGUUUUAUAAGUCCAUUUCAAUAGUGAGAAGAGAUUCAAAAGCCUAUUCAGUAAGAAGAGAGCGAGCAGAGGAAAUAGUAAGAAAAGAAAAAGAAAAAGAAAAAGAAGAAGAUGGAAUCUUCAGACAAAGUAGUGGAAACAGUGAUAGUAGGUAAUUAUGUGGAAAUGGAGACUGAAGGAAAGUCUAAUGACAUGAAAUCUAAGAUCUCUAAUUUAUUCUGGCAUGGUGGUUCUGCUUAUGAUGCUUGGUUUAGUUGUGCUUCUAAUCAGGUAGCUCAAGUACUAUUGACAUUGCCAUACUCAUUUUCUCAACUGGGAAUGCUCUCUGGUGUUUCAUUUCAACUCUUCUAUGGUUUAUUGGGUAGUUGGACAGCUUAUCUCAUUAGCAUUCUCUAUAUUGAGUACAGAACCAGAAAAGAAAGAGAAAAAGUUGAUUUUCGCAACCACGUCAUUCAGUGGUUUGAAGUUCUUGACGGGUUGCUAGGAAAACAUUGGAGGAACGUGGGUUUGGCCUUUAAUUGCACAUUUCUUCUGUUUGGAUCUGUAAUUCAACUUAUAGCCUGUGCAAGCAAUAUAUAUUACAUUAAUGAUAAUUUGGACAAAAGAACUUGGACUUAUAUCUUCGGAGCUUGUUGUGCUACUACUGUCUUCAUUCCAUCUUUCCAUAAUUAUCGAAUCUGGUCUUUCCUUGGCUUAUUAAUGACCACUUACACUGCUUGGUAUCUUACUGUCGCAUCACUCCUUCAUGGCCAGGUGGAGGGGGUGAAGCAUUCGGGACCAACAAAAUUGGUGCUCUAUUUCACAGGAGCAACAAACAUUCUCUACACAUUUGGGGGACAUGCCGUUACUGUAGAGGUAAUGCACGCGAUGUGGAAACCACAAAAAUUUAAGGCAAUCUACUUAUGGGCAACACUGUAUGUGUUGACACUGACUCUUCCAUCAGCAGCAGCAGUCUAUUGGGCAUUUGGAGAUUUACUUCUUGAUCAUUCCAAUGCCUUUUCUCUCUUACCAAAAUCACCUUUCAGAGACAUGGCUGUCAUCCUUAUGCUCAUUCACCAGUUUAUAACAUUUGGUUUCGCAUGCACGCCAUUGUAUUUUGUAUGGGAGAAAGCUAUAGGGAUGCACGAGUGCAAGAGUCUAUGCAAGAGGGCGGCGGCGCGGUUGCCGGUGGUGAUUCCGAUAUGGUUUUUGGCCAUAGUAUUCCCAUUCUUUGGCCCUAUAAACUCCUCCGUUGGCUCACUUCUCGUUAGUUUUACGGUCUACAUCAUCCCAGCUCUAGCUCAUAUGUUUACCUUUAAAUCAGCUGCUGCCCGAGAGAAUGCGGUAGAGCAACCGCCAAAAUUCGUGGGACGUUGGGCUGGAACAUUUACAAUAAACAUAUUUGUGGUGGUGUGGGUACUGAUUGUUGGGUUUGGAUUUGGUGGUUGGGCUAGUAUGACCAAUUUCAUACAUCAAAUUGACACAUUUGGUCUUUUCACAAAGUGUUACCAAUGCCCACCUCCUCCGGGUUCUCCACCACCGUUCCUCCCACACGUUGGCGCACCACGGCCUGCUCCGGCCAAUGUCACGCACCGUCACCACCUAUGAGCUCUUCGCCAUUCAUGCCGGAAAUUUAACAAGGUUAAAAGGCCUAGUUGGCGAUGUUCCCCUCAAUCGUCACACCAAUAUAAGCUGAACGAUAGAUGAAAAUCAAGAGAGAUCAAGAUGAGUUGUCUGCCCAAAUUAGCAAGCCAAUUCAACCCACCCACCCACCCCUACCUUCGCUUGUAUCUUGUAUUUUAAAUUUUAGAUUUUAAAUUUAGCUUGAUUUAGUUGUCUGGUUAGGAGUUGGUAUCUGAAAUGUAAUAUGCGACGUGCUUCGGAGAAGAAGAGAUUUGUUAUUUUUUGUCUUA